AGUAGCGUUGUCACGGUCGGGGAGGGAACACAGGGAUACAAGGACAGAGGACCCAAGUGCAGACAGCGGAAGGGAACACAGGAACAUAAACUAACUACACCAGCAAAACCAUGGCAGCUCCACUCAGAUCACUUGUGGAAGAUUAUUCAAGAUACCUCAAAUCAUUUGAACUCUUUUUGAAACGUUCAUCAGAGCACCAAUGUAUGCUGGACUUCAUUCAUAAUACUCUACCAGACAUACUGGCAAGGAUUGGUGGAGGGAGGCCCACUUUCAAUGUAAUGGGAGUAGGGAGUGGAGGAGGUGAGAUUGAUCUGGAAAUGUUGGCGCAGCUACACAUGAAACAUCCACAUAUGAAAGUUGACAAUGAAGUGGUGGAACCGAGCUCAGAUAUGCUACACAAGUAUAAAGUUCGGGUGUCAACAGCGGCAAAUCUUGAUUAUAUUAACUUUACAUGGAAUGUGAUGACAGCUGCUGAAUUUGAAAAGCACUGGCAAGAGAAACACCUUGGAAAAAAGAUGGACUUCGUUCACAUGAUACAGAUGCUGUACUAUGUCAAAGAUCCAGAGGCCACGGUCUCAUUUUUCCGGAGCCUCUUAGAUAAAGAUGGAAAACUCUUAAUCAUUUUGGUGUCAGAUGAGAGUGGAUGGGGAAAAUUAUGGCGUACCUUCAGAACCCAACUCUGUCACAAUGAGAUAAGCCAGUGUGUCACUACAGGAGAUAUAAAGACCUUCUUAGACGCCAAGGGCAUCCCCUAUCGUAACUAUGAGCUCCCGUCCCAGAUGGACAUCACAGAGUGCUUUACAGAAGGAGAUGAGGUUGGAGAACUGCUGUUGGAUUUCUUAACUGAGGUGAUAGGGUUUAGUAAGAAUGCUCCUGAAGACCUCAAGAAAGGAGUGCUGGAUUUACUUAGACAUCCAGACUGCAGUAAAGAGAUGGACGGCAGGAUCAUAUUCAACAACAAUCUAGGAGUCUUAGUGGUUGAGCCAUAACUCCUUAUGUCUUGUAUGUCUUGUGUUUAGCAUUCAGUCUUAUAGCAGUGCAGAAAGUGUACAUUCAAAUUUUCUGUUCUGUUUUUAACUAAAUAAAUAUGUUAUAUUGUAACAUACUGUACAGUAGUUGUAUUAACAAUCCAAAUUAAAAUAAACAUAUUGUAUUGUUUCAAAGGGUAUACUGUACUAAACAUUAAAUACAUACCCUAAGCAUCAUUAUUUACACGUUAUGUAUUAACUGUUUAAAUUAAAUGCUCAAUAGAAUGCAAAAUUUAAUAAUAAUAGAAUUACAAAAGGCGUCACGUGACCAUAAAACCUCCUGUAUGUGCAACUAUUUCAAUAAAACUUAGACGUACCUCAGUGACAAAGUUUAAAGGUGUAAUGACUUAUUAACUGAGAGUGUAUGAUUUUACUAUGACAUUCUUUAUGAUGAAACAAGAUGUAUGGUUAGAUGACUAUGUGUUAUUGUGACCUUACACCUCUUGUGAGUUUGACAGGAGUUUAAUACUUAACCAGGGAGGACAAAGGUUGAAGUAAUCUGCAUUUAAAACUCAAAAUCAAACUGUUUGAAUUCAUUAUAUCAAGUCAAUGUUUCUAAUGUGUUGGACACAUUAAUUUCAAAUUUUCAUUUGUUGUUGCCCGUAAUAGUCUUUUGAUAUAACAAAUAUACAGUAAAAAUUUUUGUGUCCGUCCAUCAUAACAAAUAAACUUGUGUACAACUAAACAAAAGCUAUAUACCAAAUGUCUUUCAUUAAUAUCA